AUUGACCGAACCACUGCCCUUUGUUUUGUAGAUCCCUCCAGGUUGCCAGGCCGACCAGAAGAUCCGCCUGCAGGGAAAGGGGAUCCAGAGGAUGAACAGCUAUAGUUAUGGAGAUCACUACGUUCACAUCAAGAUCAGAGUACCUAAGAAGUUAACCCGUCGACAGCGCUCCCUGCUCCUGAGUUACGCAGAGGAAGAGACUGACGUGGAGGGGACUGUCAACGGACUCACUGCUACUACCACAGGUGGGGGCAGGAGUGGUCAGCACUCUGAGUUUGGGGCAGGACAGGACAGAACAGAGGAGAAGAAGAAAGAAGAAGAGGAGGAGGGCAUCCUUUCCAAAAUAAAGAAAAUCUUUAGCUGACAGCCACACCUCAGGUAGGACCCCCAACACCCUUUACAUUAGCUGUGUAAUGUGUGUUAGUCUGACUAGAACAUGAAUACUAUACCUUCAGAAUACACACAAACUAACAUGUACAUUUCUCCAACCUGCGGUGUGGCUGUCCUAUAGUACAGUGGUUCCCAAACUGUGGGGUGGGCACCCUCUAGGGGUCGUCAGGGAGGGCGCGGGUAUACAUCACAUGAACAUACAUUAGACAUGGCAAAAUGAAUAGAAUUGCAAGAAAAUUAGCUUUAAAUCUGCAAAAUGUCAGAAUACACACUAACAGAUCACUCCUCCAACCUGCGGUGUGGCUGUCCUAUUGUAGAUAGUAUGUAGGUCUAGAUAUACCUGCUGCUCAUUCCUCUGCUUAGGCCUGUUCUAUAGUAGAUAAUAUGUAGGUCUAGAUAUACCUGCUGCUCAUUCCUCUGCCUAGGCCUAGUUCUAUAGU